AUGAAGUCAGGUGAUAAGAAGGUCAUGAGAAGUGACAGUGAUCAGAUCAUACACCUUGAUUACAGAGACUUUGGGCGUUGGAAGGUCGAAAAAUUUGCUCGUUAUGUUGACAACCUAUUGCUCGCCCGUCGUAAUGUUGACUUGCACACAUUCCGUCUGCAUUGGGAUCCUCAUGUUCCCCUGAACUGCAAUGAUGUCAGAAAGUGGAUUCGCUACGCUGUGAAUCAUAAAGUUAAAGUGCUUGACGUGGAGCUUUGCAUGUAUGAUAAGACUAAUUUACCUCCUGGCAUUUUCACCUGCCGCUCACUUCAGGAGCUAAAUUUGCAGUGGGGUGGAGCUCCUUUUCGAGAUUAUGAGCAUAAGGGACUUGUGCUGCCUGACAUAAUCAAGCUUCCUUCUCUUAAAAAACUGACUCUACGCGAUGUGGAAGUGCACGAGCUUCCUCUGGAGAGUUUCAUUGCCCGGAGCCCUGGCCUAGAAGACUUGCAUCUGAUAGACUCUGCAGUGUGUCUUGAGCACAUAAAAUCAAAAGCGCUAAAAAGGCUAACCAUUGAUGGUUCCAUGUAUGGACCGGAUAGAAUGACAAUUUCUGCUCCUAAUCUCAUUAGCUUUGAGUGCACCGGUUUUUCACUGGAAGAUAUUGUUUGGAGAGACCAGCCAUCGCUAGAGAGUGCACACAUAAAUACUUGUGGGCGUACAUUUGGUGGUGAAUCUAGGUUUACAGGAGUUCUUGUGCAUGCCAAAAAACUUGCACUAUUUGGUCGUGACAUAAAGGUUAUGUUGGAAAAUGAGCUGCCUACAUGUUCAGUGUUUGAGAACCUUGUAACUCUUGAAAUUGGCAAAUGGCACUUGACCAAGGACUUCUAUGUUUUGCUUCGCUUCCUCCAGCUUUCACCAAGACUAGAAGAGCUCACUCUGAUGCAUAAACAGCUCGACGAAGCAGCAGAAACAGAAGGCAUGCCUACUGAUGGAAUGACCUUCCAGUGUCCAUUCCUUAAAAGUGUCAUCAUACAAUAUUCAGAGGGUGACGAUGGAAUUGACAAGCUGGUGGAUGUUCUGGUAGCGAAUGGUAUCAGUUCGGACAAGAUAAGUGUUACUUCCUACGAAGAUAUCAAAAUGAGGGCCUUUGCUGAGGAGGCACGCGCCGAAGAGGAGCGUCCAAAGAAGAAGAGGGCGAAGAAAAAUCCAGACUGGGAAGAUGAUGACUCCGACGAACAGAGUGACCCUGAUGAUCCUAGCGGCGACGAGUAUGAUCCUGAUGACUUUUGA